UUUUGUUUUUUUAUUUUCAAUCAGAAUUUCAUGGGGGUCUAUCCAAUAUUUCCGUUGUACACUUUAUUUCCUUUUCUUGUUUUAUUAUUAUUUAUAUCAACACCCUUUUGUGAUUGCUUCCGUACACAAUCCGCAGGCGUAAGGGGAACUUUAAUGUGUGGAGAGAAACCGUUAGCAGAUACAAAGAUAAAAUUGUAUGACCAUGAUAGAGGGCCUGACCUGGAUGAUUUAAUGGCAACAACAAAAACAGAUGCACGGGGUAGAUUCCAGUUAAGUGGGAAAACAACAGAAUUAACCACAAUUGAUGUACAGUUGAGGAUUUUUCAUGACUGUGACGACGGAAUAAUGCCCUGUCAACGAAAAGUAACUUUUAACAUUCCCGACUCUUUUGUAACCAAUGGAGCUGUACCUUCCAAAUUUUUUAAUAUUGGAACUAUUAAUAUGCAAAUUGUUUUUGAAAAUGAAGCUAGAUCUUGUAUUAAUUAA